AUGGCGCCCACGUACAAUAUCGCCAUGGUUAGCGACUUCUUUUUUCCACAGCCCGGCGGUGUCGAGAGCCACAUCUACCAGCUGUCAUCAAAACUGCGCGACCGGGGCCACAAAGUCAUCAUCAUUACCCACGCUUACAAAGGCCGUACCGGUGUACGCUAUCUUACAAACGGCCUCAAGGUCUAUCAUGUACCAUUUUUUGUGCUCUACCGGUCCGCCAGUUUCCCGACAGUAUUCUCAUUCUUCCCCAUAUUCCGCAACAUCAUACUCCGAGAACGCAUCGAUAUUGUGCACGGCCAUGCCUCCCUGAGCAGCUUAUGCCACGAGGCCAUCCUCCACGCCAGAACCAUGGGCCUCAGGACAGUUUAUACAGAUCAUUCGCUCUUUGGAUUCGCCGAUGCCGCGAGCAUUUUCGCCAACAAACUUCUGAAGUUCAGUCUCAGCGACGUGGACCAUGUCAUUUGUGUGAGCCACACAUGCAAAGAAAAUACCGUCCUCCGCGCCUCUCUUGACCCGCUCAUGGUCUCCGUCAUCCCGAACGCCGUGGUAGCAGAAAACUUCAGGCCCUUGGACUACACCGAGCCCUCGCCACGCUCUUUCGCCCCUCACCACCCACCUCCCGCGCGUCCCCUUGGUCCGCAUGACAUGAUCACCAUCGUAGUUAUCUCACGGCUCUUCUAUAACAAGGGCACCGAUCUCCUCACCGCCGCCAUCCCACGGAUCCUCCACAACCACCCGCACACACGCUUCAUCAUCGCCGGCGACGGGCCCAAAGCUAUCGACCUUGAACAAAUGAUCGAACAAAACGUGCUACAAGACCGCGUUGAGAUGCUCGGCCCCAUCCGCCACGAAGAAGUCCGCGACGUCAUGGUGCGGGGCCACAUCUACCUGCACCCAUCCUUAACAGAGGCCUUUGGUACCGUCAUCGUCGAGGCCGCCAGCUGCGGGCUGUACGUCGUGUGCACCCAGGUCGGCGGCAUUCCCGAGGUGCUACCCUCGCACAUGACCGUUUUCGCGAAGCCCGAAGAGGACGACCUCGUGACGGCCACGGGCAAGGCCAUCGCCGCCCUGCGCGCCAACAAGGUCCGCACCGAGCUCUUCCACGAGCAGGUCAAGAGCAUGUACUCGUGGACCAACGUCGCCAUGCGCGCCGAGCGCGUUUACAACGGCAUCUCGGGCGCCAUCAGCGAGGCCGAGUUCUACGGGUACGAUGCCGCUAAUGGCGCCGGCAGCUGGAGUGCCACGAGGGGCCGGUCUGGCGUGCAGAGUUUUGCGCUCAUCGACCGGCUGAAGAGAUACUAUGGGUGCGGCACCUGGGCGGGGAAGCUGUUUUGCUUGUGUGUGAUUGUGGAUUAUUUGAUCUUUCUGGCGCUGGAGUUGUGGUUUCCGAGAGAUCGCAUCGAUAUCUGUCCGGACUGGCCGAGGAAGGAGAGGAAGGUCGACGGGAAGGAUGCUGGGUGA